AUGCCAACUACCAUAUAACGGAAAAAAGAGCAGGAGAAGAAGAACAUUAGCCUAAAUAACCCACGGUGUGGUAAACCUAAUGACGCGACUUUUCUACACAUUUCCCAGCCACCCUCUUUAGAACGGCGUUAACGGCUGAGCUUGCUGGGUGAAGGUGGGAGCCGCUAUCCGGAGGUGGGAGCCGCUAUCCGGAGCUUCCAUCACCGCUGGCUGAUGCAGCCAUGCGGCACCUCGGGUGGCUCUUGCGCGCUUGCGCCUUGGUGCUGCUCUUCCUCAUGUUUGUCACCAAGUUUAUCAGCUACAAAGCUGUCAACGAUUAUGGAGAGGUGGCUGGUGUUCAGAACUGGACAGUGUCAGGAUACAAGGUGGCAAAGCUUUCAAUGCCCACUUCUGUAAAAACUCUUGCACAGCAACAAGACCAGUCCUCAGCUUCCCCUACGACGGCUGAGUGGGAAGGCGUUUUGGCAGAGCGAAUCCAGCUGCUCUCAACUGUUUGUAAGAACAGUCAACUCAGGAAUACGACUCACGUCCCAAUCAGCAAGUUCGUCCUGGACCGCAUCUUUGUUUGUGACAAGCACAACAUCUUGUUCUGCCAGACACCCAAAGUGGGAAACACGCAAUGGAAGAAGGUCCUCAUUGCUCUCAACGGAACCUUCUCCAGUGUAGAGGAGAUCCCGGAGAACCUCGUCCAUGACCAUGAGAAGAACGGACUGCCCCGCCUCUCGUCGUUCAAGCCACAAGAAAUUGCACUCAGAUUGAACACUUACUUUAAGUUUUUCAUCGUGAGAGAUCCAUUCGAGCGCCUGAUUUCUGCAUUUAAGGACAAGUUCGUCAAGAACCCCCGUUUUGAGCCGUGGUACAAGCACGACAUCGCUCCCGCCAUCAUCCGCAAAUACCGCAAAAGCCACCGCGACAGCGGUCUUUCCGCGUCCGGCUUGCACUUCGAGGACUUUGUGCGUUACCUGGGGGACGCGGAGGGCCGGCGCCGCAUGGACCGUCAGUUUGGCGAGCACAUCAUCCACUGGGUGACGUUUGCCGAGUUGUGCGCGCCGUGUGACAUCCGCUAUGAUGUCAUAGGCCACCACGAGACACUGGAGCGAGAUGCCGCCCACAUCCUGAGGAGAGCUGGCAUCGAUCAGCUGGUGUCCUACCCGGCCAUCCCUCCUGGCAUCACACGCUACAACAAGACAAAGGUAGAACGCUACUUCUCAGGAAUCAGCAAGCGGGACAUCAGGCGCCUCUAUGAGCGCUAUGAGGGGGACUUUCACUUAUUUGGAUACCCCACACCUGACUUUCUACUCAACUGACAUUCUGCAGGAAGUAAGCAUUAACAACAACAACAACAACCCUAUUUAUGAGAACAUUCUAUUCAAUGUGAAAGAGCAUGUUCCUUUGCACUCCAAUUUGGAUUAGUUUUAUAGAGUAUGACUCAGAAAUAACAUUUUUAUAUUUUCUCUACACUUGCCUAAGGUCUGUGAUGGUUCCUGAGAGAGGCUGGCGUUAAAUAGAAGCGCCUCAAAGGUGCGAUGAUGCCUUUGUCCUGCGUCAUUGUACUUUUUCCAUGAUGGAAGUUGUUCUGUUACUCCUACCAAUGGACAAAUGUCUUCACUACUGCUUAUGCCAUUUUUUUUAUGUAGCUGUUAGUCACACGGAGCCUUGGUACAGUGUUUUAGACUGGUUACAAUGUACAACACGUACAUGUUCUUUAACCUGCAAUACCGUUUUUGUUAUUUAUAUCAAGCUAAUGACAAACUACUGUAGAGGACCUCACGUUUCUGCAAAUAUUUUGCUGUCUUUUCAUGGGACAACACUGAAGAAAUUACACUUUGAUACAACGUCAAUUAGUCGAUGUACAGUAUAGCUGUGUACAUGUACCGUUCAAAUCGCUGGCUACAUAAGUGAGUACACAGAUAAAGUGUCAUUUAUUCAGUGUUAAUAUAAAAAUAAAUGCAGAAAUGUGAAGCGUGUACUCUCAUUUUGGGAGGCACUGCUGGAUGUCCCCCGUUGAACUUUUACACUAGUCGUUGCUGCACUAGAGUAACCCUAAUGAGAAUAAUAAUAAAGUCUAUCAUUUUAAAGUAAGAUAUGUAGCUUUUGCUACAUAUCAUUAUGUGUGAGUUUAGAAACAGAAACGCUGAUCAAUGUUGGCGACUUGCCCGGUCCAAGCUGCUCAAACGCCGCAACCGUCAUCAAGGAUAAAUGUAUUUGAGCAUGUGAAAGGUUCUACUGCUAUGAAAUGCACAGUGAUAACAGCAGCACAGUAGUCAUAGUAGUCUCUUCCAGUGUGCAGGACAACUACAGGGAUAAAAGUAAGGUGUUGUUCAUAAAAAUAUUUUUUCUAAUGUCUUCCAUGUGUUCUGUGUACAGUGUAAGUCAGUGUUUCUUAACCUCUAAGUCGUAAUACACUCUUCCACCACUUGUGGCAGUAAUGACAAUAUCAAACAGAAGAAGUCUGGCGCUAAAGUCAGAGAAGUUAUGUAAGUGCAAAAAUUAUGACUAAAGUGAUCAAGCUGUAUUUUCAUUUAAGCUUUAAUUUUAUUGACAGUUUAGUUAAAAUUAUUAAUGAAUAUCUUGUCCCCGAGACCCCAAAGGGACAAGCGGUAGAAAAUGGAUGGAUUUUUAUUUUAGCACAACAUUAUUGUAAAUGUAUAUUUCAUCAGUUAUUUAUGAAUCCCUCAUGCAGUAUAAUUGACUAGCAAUAUUUUUCUAAUCAGGCUGCCCGAAGCCAAAGGUUUAGGUGUUAAACAAAUAAUAUUUUUGAUUAACACAUGGUUUAAUAACUUUUGACAAAGUUGUAAACUGUAAGUAGGUAGUGUUUCUUAACCAUCAUAUCUGUUUCCCAGCUGUAGUCCGUAACUAAGUUGUAAUACUUUUUUCCACCACUUGUGGCACUAACAAUGUCAAUCAGAAAAAGUCUGGAGCUAAAGUCAGAGUUUUGUAAGCACAAAAAAUAUGACUAAAGUGGUGAAGAUCUAUUUUCAUUUGCACUUUAUUUUAUCGACCGUUAAGUUAAGAAACAUAUUCAUUAAUAAUUGAGUUUAUUUAUUUUAUCACAAAAUAAUUGUAUGCCAAUGUAUAUUCCAUCAGUAAUUUAUGAAUCCCUUACACAGUGUAUUAGACUAGUAUCAGACCCACUCGACAUCCAUUGCAUUCGGUCUCCCCUAGAGGGGGGGAGGGUUACCCACAUAUGCGGUCCUCUCCAAGGUUUCUCAUAGUCAUUCACAUCGACGUCCCACUUGGGUGAGUUUUUCCUUGCCCUUAUGUGGGCUCUGUACCGAGGAUGUCGUUGUGGCUUGUGCAGCCCUUUGAGACACUUGUGAUUUAGGGCUAUAUAAAUAAACAUUGAUUGAUAUUAUUUUUCUAAUCAGUCUGACCCAAGCCCUAUGGUUUAUUUGGCAAAUAAAUAAUAAUCUUUGUGAUUAACACAUGGUUUCAUAACAUUUGACAAGGUUGUAUACUGUAAGGAAGUCAGAUAUUAUUAAUGAAUAUAAUUAAAAUCAAGAGUAACAUUACUAUUUUAGUGUUAAUAUUUGAGUGGGUCCCGUGCCUCUCUGUAGUGUGAAAAGUUGGGCUCCGAGGUCAAAAGGGUUAAGUAUCCAUGGUGUAAGUUGUUAAAAGUUACGACUGACACUAAAACUUACAUUGAUUGAUUGAAACUUUUAUUAGUAGAUUGCACAGUACAGUACAUAUUCCGUACAAUUGAACACUAAAUGGUAACACCCGAAUAAGUUUUUCAACUUGUUUAAGUCGGGAUCCACAUGUAGGAACGGAACUUGAAUGUAGACAGUGAACCUUCUUGUUUGUGCAGGAAAUACGACAACAUCACCAAAAUGAUAUGAUUAUUAUCUUUUCUUACAUGCAGUUGUUUGAGCAAAAUACAGUCAAUAUAAGACACCGUACAAGAUUUUUAUUCAUCAUUGCACUUAAAAAGUACAACAAAAUUUGCUAACAGUCAACCCGUCAACCGGAAGGCUGAUUGGUCAGCUCAUUAGCGGUGACUCGUAAAAGAUAGGAAAAAUAAAAAACAUGAGGGAAGAAAAAAAGUCUGACUUCAACACCCAUCUCGACCUUUCUAUCUUUUGUAGGGUUGGCCGGUUUUGGUACUGGUACCAAAAUGUGUUUCGGUACUUUUUUAAAUAAAGGGGACCACAAAAAAUGGCAUUAUUGGCUUUAUUUAACAAAUAUAUGUUACGGUACAUUAAACAUAUGUUUCUUAUUGCAAUCAAAGAACAAUUUCAUCCUUAAAUAAAAUAGUGAACAUACGAGACAACUUGUCUUUUAGUAGUACGUAAGCAAACAAAGGCUCCUAAUUUCGUCUGCUGACGUAUGCAGUAACAUAUUGUGUCAUUUUCAAUUCUAUUAUUUUGUCAACAUUAUGAGGGACAAGUGGUAGAAAAUUUAU